GCAGUGGUGACAGCGGGGCCCCGCCCCGCCCACAGAGUCCUAUGACGGAAGCCGCACUGAGGGAGCCGGGUCAGGUUCCCCUGACUACAGAAGCACGUAUGGACCUCACCCAGGGUUCUGUGACUUUUGAGGACGUCGCCAUUUGCUUCUCCCAGGAAGAGUGGGGACUUCUUGAUGAGGCUGAGAGGCUCCUGUACUUUGAAAUGAUGCUGGAGAACUUUGCACUUAUAGCCUCGCUGGGUUGUGGGCAUGGAAUGGAGGAUGAAGAGACACCUUCUGAGCAGAGUGUUUUGGUAGGAGUGUCUCAGGUGAGGACUCUUAAGGCAGGUCUGUUCACCCAGAAGAGUCACCCAUGUGAGAUGUGUGUCCCAAUCCUGAAAGACAUUUUGCAUCUGGCUGAUCUGUCUGGGCAGAAACAGUACUUGGUUGGGGCACGUGCAAACCUUUACCAGCACCAGAAGCAUCACAGUGCAAAGAAACCCCUGAAGAGGGACAUUGACAGGCCUUCAUAUGUGAGACCCUGCCUAUUCUAUGGGUCACAGAAGCUCUUCCCCAGUUGGGAGGUUGGAAAGGACCUCCCAGCCAUGUUGGGCCUUCUCCAGUCGCUGGUCUUUCCCAGUGGUGAGAAGCCCAACAAAAUCACUGAGUGUGGGGAGGACAUUCAUAGUAAAAAAGCUCAUUUCAAGUUGGGUGAAGGUGAGAAAGCUGCCAGCCGCAAACACACUCUUGUUCACCGCCCAAGAGUCUGCACUAGAAAAAAGCUUUAUGAGUGUAGCAAGUGUGGGAAAGCCUUCCGCGGCAAAUACUCACUUGUUCAGCACCAUAGAGUCCACACCGGAGAAAGGCCUUGGGAGUGCAGCGAAUGUGGAAAAUUCUUUAGCCAAACUUCCCACCUGAAUGACCAUCGAAGAAUCCAUACUGGAGAAAGGCCUUAUGAGUGCAGUGACUGUGGAAAAUUCUUUAGACAAAAUUCCAGCCUCAUUGAUCACCAGAAAAUUCACACUGGAGCAAGGCCUUAUGAGUGUGGCCAGUGUGGGAAAUCUUUUAGCCAAAAAGCCACCCUUGUUAAACACCAGAGAGUUCACACUGGAGAAAGGCCUUACAAGUGUGGUGAAUGUGGGAAUUCCUUUAGUCAAAGCGCCAUACUUAAUCAACACCGGAGAAUUCACACUGGAGCAAAGCCUUAUGAGUGUGGCCAAUGUGGGAAGUCCUUUAGCCAAAAAGCUACCCUUAUUAAACACCAGAGAGUUCACACUGGAGAAAGGCCUUACAAGUGUGGUGAAUGUGGGAAGUCCUUUAGUCAAAGUUCCAUCCUUAUUCAGCACCGGAGAAUUCAUACUGGAGCAAGGCCUUAUGAGUGUGGUCAGUGUGGGAAAUCUUUUAGCCAGAAGUCUGGCCUUAUUCAACAUCAGGUAGUUCACACUGGAGAAAGGCCCUAUGAGUGUGACAAAUGUGGAAAUUCCUUUAGCCAAUGUUCUAGCCUCAUUCACCACCAGAAAUGUCAUAACUUGUAGAGGGCUCAUUAAUGCAAUAAAUGUGGAAAAGCCUUCAGUGCAUGGUCUAACCUUGUUUAGCUCCUGAAAGUCCACUUGAGAGAGGCCUUAGGCCUGCAGGAAAUGUGCUUCCGUCCCCGCCCCCAAUAUUAUGGCACUAGAGAGCCUUUGUGAGGGAACCACCUGCCUGAAGUUGGACCUCAUAUUUCUAAACAUCCAGAGGCUGUGAGAUUCCCCAUGAGUUCCAGGCAUGUGUGAGGCCUACAGGAACUGUUCUGCAUAUUCUAAACUUUCCAGGGCCCAUGCCAGAGUUAAAUCACUGCUGAUUUCUCUGGUAGAAGACAUCUUUUCUCUACCACCUUGCACAGUGUGCAUUGGUAACCCUAGUGUAUUGAGGCAAGGCAGAUACAUUGGUGUUCUCCCUUUCCCAGAGGAAAUCUUGAGCAAUCUGAGCCUUUACAGGGAAUUCAUCCCUUUUUGACUAAGGUAUGAAUCUGACCCAGUUUUGGCCAGAUGGCCCCAGACUGGGUUCUGCUGGAGGUUUAUGUGGAAGGCUUACCUUCUUCAUGGAAAUUGUUAGUCUCACAUGACACUUGUUAAUUUUUCCAGUCUUCAAGUCACCAACUGGUAACUGUCAACCUCUUAUUGGUCUGGUUUGUGCCCUAAAAAAGGCCUUAUUGUUAAAUCUGCCUGUAAUCUUAGGGUUUUGUUUACUGUGUGGGGUGGCUUGAAAACUGACUUGGGCUUUGUAUGAAGGGAUGGACAGCUUUUGUGGGGGCCUCUACUUUGUGUUUCUCUGUAGGAACAGUAAAAUGACAGAGAGUAGUUCUCAUUCUGGUUUUGGUCAAAUUUGCCUUGCUGCCCAAGACCUCCUAGGAAACAGUGAGGGAUUGUGUUCUUUUAAUUUAUGAUCUGGGUGCCUAUACUUUUGCUGACACUAGAUUUCAUCCUGAGGAGAGGUCUUCUUUUAGAUAAGCUCUUGUGCUUCUGGAUGAUGAGUUUGUUCUGUUGUUCCCAGAGGAUGUCAUAUAAUGCCCAUCACUCUUGAGAAGAUUCUUUUCACAAGGUUCUACAAAGAGCCUAUAUGCUGGUGUCACUCCUAAGGUCAGGAGUCAGGUGUGAGUCACAAUUUGUACAGAAAUACUGGAUAUGGAGGAACCUGCAGUAAACCAGAUGGGAUGUACCACUUGUGAAAGAGCAUCCACACAUUUUCUAGUGACUGUGGCUGUGAGCAAUCACAGGACCUAGAGAUCUGUGUAUGUCUGAUAGCUGAGGUCACCAUCGAGAAAGUGUUUUGUGGAUUCUUGUGGUCUUUUGGGUUGUUCACCUCAAGUCUAUCAUUGUAACAGGAAAACGAAGAUAGAGAUAAUAGAGAUCCUGUAGUCCAGGGAUGUAGUUUCUGUGAUCUAGCCAGUGUUCCUGUUGUUGUAGAUCACAACAACCUUCACUGCUUGCCAAUUUCCUUCACGGAUGUAGGGCUGCCCUUCCCCAGGCAUGAGGAGAGAUAUAGUGGUAUCAACAUGGGAUUGCCAAGCCUUUUGGUUUCUAAAAAGUGGAUCAGAUUUUUUAUUUUGAACCAUUUUUUACAAACUUUAUUAAUGUAUAAGUGACAUGCAGUAAUCUAUAUGUAUGAACGGUGUAUAAUUUGAAGAGUCUUGUCAUAUAAAUUCAAUAAACCAUCAGAAUCA